UCCAGAACUUGGCCUUUGAUCAACUCCUCUUGAUCGAGGAGCGAGGAGAAAUCGUCUGUUCUUGCUCUUUCGUAGUAGGCGAGCGGCAUCGCUGUUGCUCGUCAAAGUCUUUGGCUGCAACCAUGAUCCAAGCAUCCAGCCCCUACGUCUCGAGUGGCAUGACGAGUAGCUCAUCCAACUCGAGCAACCAAAACGGAUCCAGCCAUCCAGCAUACGAGGUAGCAGGAGCAGGAUCGAGCCAAGCAGCGACGACGAACAGCGCAGGCGCACAUGGAGGUCCGUGGAUGCGGUACCGGCCAAGCCUUCGACCUGCCACCACCCCUUCUCCAGCUCUGCUCAACGUGACUGGUGCUGCGGGAUCCAUGAGCCAUCCGCAUCACUCUUGCACCCCUCAACAUCCUGUAGAUCACCAUUCAUCCAACUCUCCUCAUGCAGAAGGAGCGGCUACGAGCCACGUGUCCGGUUCGGCGCCCUGGUCUCACACCGUCACGAGCCCAAACUCCGCUAUCAACGCUGCUACUGCUGCUCCUCCACCACCACCACCACCACCACCAGCACCUCUCUUUGGCAUCGGCUCGCUCGGCACAGGUCGUAGUCAACCGCUGGCCCCAAGUCUCACAACCACGACAACGAACGGCGAAGCGCUGACCUCUCCAUACAGUCCCAAGCGUCGUGCAGCUCAUCUUUCUGGGCCUCAUCAGAGGCAAGACGCCCAGCAGCUCAGGUCUCACGCCUCCAAUGGAGAAGUCAGCUUCGCUUUGAAUCCCGAAUUUUCAAAGGAUGCGGAGAAUCGCGGCAAUGUCAAAAUUACUUGUGGUGGUGUGCGAUUUUAUCUGCACAAGGACGUGCUGUACUACGCCUCUCCUUUCUUCCGGGGUUUGCUCCAAGGUGGCUGGAGCGAAAGUGAAGUGGUCUGCUCGGACGAAGAGGAUGCAAUAUCGACGACGGCCACGGAGCCUUGUUCAGAGCUGCAGCACAGCGCUCAGCAAGCGCCCACAUCCGACGUUCCGACCGCUUUGGAGAGGAUUUCAUCGCAGGCGCAGCCUUUGCAGCCGUCCGCUUCCAGCCGUGAAGCGGAUUCACCUCUUCCUUUGGCCCAGAGGGACACGACCAUCGAAGCCUCCCAAGGGGACGACGUAGACGGAGAGCUGAGGUUGCCUUCCCCUCGAGGUCACGCUUCACCCAGAGCAUCAUUUCACACAGCGCAUCACAGCUUACUUGAAAGCAAUGAGGAUGAUGCACGGCACUCACAAGAGCGUGAUGGAGAAGCUCUCGAUGCUCAAGACGCUAUUUGGACAGAUGAGGCGGAAACAGCUUCUGGCGCUCGGCCAGCGCAACAAGAAUGCUCGCGGGAUAUCGGUGCGCUCGACGUGCAGGGCCUUUCGAACCGCCUUCAAAAUCUAGCCACUCCUUCUAGCUCACCGCAGCUGGAACCCCGACGAGCAAUCUCGUCUGCUGAUUCGGUGUCUGCUCAAAGAGCGCCUGUGCGAGUGCGCAACUCGGCACCUCCCCUCCAAAGUCCUUGUGCGAGCUCGAGAGCGCGGCCUAGCUCGCUCACAGAACGACGUGCGCGACGCACGCCCUCGAGGCGAAGCAGGGGCUCACGAGAGGACAGCCGUCCUUCAAUCAGCAAACACAGUCUAGUUGCGGACGUUCAUCUACCAGACGAGGACGCAUCCACAUUUCAGGACGUCCUGUGCCACAUCUAUCCCCACCUGCAACUGCUAGUCACGUGGUACAACAUUGGCGCUCUGAUGCGCUUCGACGACAAGUACCAGAUUCCGUUUCUACGGAGGAGCUGCAUCUCCUUUUUGAGGGCUGCAUUGGCUGGAAGACCUAUCGAAGCUAUGGCUCUAGGUGAAAGGCACGGUCUAGAAGCGGAAUAUAAGGAAGCGUCCAGACACGUGCUGGACAAUAUGCCAUCCUGGUCAUUGGAAGAGCUGAAUGUGCUGUCGAAAGAGACGUUGCUAAAGCUGGAAAGAAAGAGGAUCUGGUUCUUGGAGCGCAUCCUCAAGUUGAGUUUGGCCAAUCCUGCCAGGGAUUACGAGUGCCACGCAGCAUGUCCGGAUCCGAAAGCUUGCGCUAAGAGUUUGGGAGAGAGAUGGCAAGCUGCGUAUCAGGCCAGCACAAGGUACGGCCCGCCGCAACCCAGCGUAGUUUGGAGACAUUUGAGAGAGUUGGAAGGAACGGGAGGUCAACCCGUUGCCGCUUGCCAUAGAGCUAGCCAGGCUUGGGUUCAGCUCCUCUUCGAUAGAAUGUUCUCCAUCACGGUCGGACUCAGUGGCACUAGACCUCAACCGAAAUUUCUGAGCAUCAAGCUCGUCGAAGGUGCUGGUCGAUAGUACUGCGGGAAGAAACUUGAUGCACGAUUCAAAGACUCCCCUUCUUACGUUUGGCCCGUUUAGAAGCUCGUCUACGGAGAUGCUCCGAGGCGCUCGCGCGGACCCCACUGCCCUGACCCUCUCAGACUCGUUCGAGCACUGCGUGACAUGCCUUCUCUCCUCGCAAUGUAUUCCACCAACACACCCAAUUGGGUUUGCCAAUGUACUCUUAAUCGGAUACCCAAUUUCCCGACGAUCGAG